AUGAAAAUAAAUAUAUAUUAUUAUAAACUUCUAAUUAUAUAUAUAGCAUUUCGAAUAUCAGUUUAAAAAAGCUCUUUAUAAAAAGAAGUAUAUGAAUUCCAAUCUGACAACUCUCGCUUAAUGAAUAUUAUAAUAACAUCUUUAUAUUCCCACAAAUAAAUAUUUAUAAGAGAAAUUUUAAUUAAUGCUUCGGAUUCUUUAGAAAAAUAUCGUUAUUUAUAAUAAAACUUUCCCGAAAUAAAAUAAGAAAAUGAUGAAGAAUUAGAAAUAAAAAUAAAAUACAAUCAAAAAGAAAAAACAAUAUCAAUAACCGAUAAUGGUAUAGGAAUGACUAAAUAAGAUUUAAUAUCAAAUCUAGGCAUAAUAGCAAAAACGGGAACAACCAAAUAUAUAGAAGCUAUAAAAGAUGGAGAUAUUAAUAUUGUAGGAUAAUUCGGAAUCGGAUUUUAUAGUUGUUUUUUAAUAGCUAAAAAAGUAUAAUUAAUAUCCACUCAUUAUAAAUUACAAGAACAAUAUAUAUGGGAAAGUAUUGCUAAUAAUUAUUUUUCAAUAAAAAAAGUAGAUGAUGAUAAAAAAUAUAUAAAAAGAGGUACAAAAAUCAUUCUUUAUUUAAAAGAAGAUUCCCUCUAGUUCCUUGAAAAAAACACAAUAGAAAAUAUAAUCGAAAAAUACUCUGAAUUCAUAACUUUUCCAGUUAAAAUAAAAGAAAAAGAUCAUAUACCAAAAAAAAAAAAAAAAAAUACCAAAAAAAUUGAAGGGAAAAAUACCUAAAAAUACUAAGAAAAAAAUACUUAAAAUUAGAAAGAAAAAAAUACUUAAAAUUAGAAAGAAAAAAAUACUUAAAAUUAAUAUAAAAUAAUAAAUACAAACAGUCCUAUAUGGCUUCGUCCUAAAGAAGAAAUAGAAGACGAAGAAUACAUAGUUUUUUUCAAAAAAUACACAAAAAAUACUUCUAGUAAUCCCCUUACUUGGGUUCAUUUUCGAAAUGAAAAAGACAUAGAAUUUACUUCGAUUUUAUUUAUAAAUGAAAAAGCUCCUUUAGACCUAUACGAAAACUACUAUAAUAAAGAAAGUUAAAUAAAAAUAUAUAUAAGAACAGUUAUAUUAGAAAACUAAGAAGAUUAGCAUUUAAUGCCUAAAUAUUUAAAUUUUAUAUAAGGUUUAGUCGAUUCCGAUGAUUUUUUAUUGAAUGUAAAUCGCGAAAAUAUAUCAAAACAAAAAAACGCUUUUUUAAUAAUUAGACAAUAAUUACUCCAUAAUUCACUUGAAUUAAUUCGUUAAAUGGCCGAAGAAGAAUAAGGAAACUGUUAUAUAAAAGAAGAUGACGAAGACUCCCUAUCUGACUCAGAAAAUUCCGACUAACACCAAAUUCUUACAGAACAAGACGACGAUUUUACCGAGUUAUAGUCCGAAACUGAUUAAAACGACUUAUUUGAGGAGCUUUAACAGAAUGAAGCAAAAAAAGCAUUUGACUUAUAAAAUAAGCGUAAGAAAUACUAGACCUUCUAUCACUAAUACGGGAAAAGUAUAAAACUAGGAAUUAUUGAAGAUAAAGAAAACCGUGAAAAACUAGCCAAAAUGAGUCGUUGGUACUCCUCAUUUAACCACACAGACCUAACGUCUUUCGAGAAAUACAUCCAAAGGGCAAAACUAGGUUAAAAUUAAAUAUAUUAUUUAGCCGGAGAAAGCCCAAAACACAUAAUGGAGCACCCUACUAUAUAAAGAUUAUUAAAAAAAGGCUUUGAAGUGCUUUUAUUAUUCGACACAAUAGACGAAUUUGUUUUUUAGAAUUUAAAAACUUACAAAAACUACACAUUUGUAAAUGUAGGAAAAGGCAAUUUCAAAUUUCCUGUAAAAAAUUAAUAUGAAAUUUAAAAAAAUGAAUUUAUUUAUCAAAAAUUUCUCCUUUUAAUAAAAUUUCUACAUAAACUACUUUAUAAUGAUAUCGAAAAAGUCAUUAUUUCGUAAAGAUUAUUAGACCACCCGUGUGUUAUUUUACCUGGAAAAUAAGGCUUUUCGGCGCAUAUGGAAAGAAUUUAGUCAGCAGUAAGUUAAGAUAGAUAGAAUAUUUCCAAAUUUAGUAAUUAGAAAAAAAUAUUAGAAAUUAAUCCAAAUCAUCCUGCUAUUUAAAAAUUAUUAAGUUUAGUAAUUAAUAAUUAAAUUAAUCUAUAUGUUGAAGAUAUAGUAAAAUUAAUGUUUGAAGGAUCAGUUAUUAAUUCAGGGUUUGUACUAAGAAAGCCACAGAAGUUUGCAAAGAGAUUUUAUAAAAUGAUUAAUAAAGCUUUAGGGAUACCAAAAAACGCACCGAUAAUUGAAUAUGAAAUAAAUUGGGAAGAACUUACAGAAUUAGAUGAAGAUUAUGAUGACUUGAUUGUUUGA